UCUCUCUUCUUUCUCUCUCCUUCUGACCUAGCUGGUGGAUCCCGUUUGGCGGCAUGGCCGCGCCGGAGCCGGCGAACUGGGCUCAGCUUUUUGGAGUGGGGGAAGGCAAUCGACUUCGCUACGUUGCACCUGCUUUGGUUGAUGGAGAAUUGGUUAUCCCUCGAGCUGUACGGGAUGAGGGAGCGGUUCGGUGGCGGAAUGCGUUGGUCGGUCAAUUUUUAUCAGAAGCUUCGCCGAUCACAAUGAUUCGUCGCUGGGCUCAACGUUUUUGGGGGAGAGAUGGUAGAGUUUUUGUAUCAGUAUUCGGAUCGAACAUGUUUCUGUUUCAAUUUGAGAGUGCGGAGACGAGUACCUGGGUUUUUGAAAACGGGCCAUGGCAUUGUGAGAAUGUUCCUCUCUUUCUGCGAAAAUGGGUUCCUGGAAUACGAUCGUUUAAGAUGGAUCGUUCUAAACUGCCUAUCUAGGUUCGUAUUCGCGAACUCCCGUUGGAAUACAUGACAAUGGAGGGUUUGAGCAGGGUUGCUAGCCUGUUAGGUACAUCACUUGGAUGGAUCAAUCAACCAGGCUGCGUACUCAAAUGGGUACUGCUAAAAUCUGUAUUGAAAUGAUGGCUGGAUCUUCUUUCCCAAUGAAGCUUCAGAUUCGACCGAAAGGUGAGGAAGAUAUUACACUAUUUGUUCACUAUCUCCAUGCUCCCAAUAGAUGUGAGAAGUGUGAGGAAUUUGGGCAUCAGAUUGGUGAGGGGGUAGAAUGUGGUAAAACUAUGGUUACUUGUGAGAUGGCUGCUCCAGCUAAGGAUGUGUUGUCUCAACCUGUGUCUGGAAGUAUUGCUAGUGAGGGUUUACUGGUUGGCGGACCUAGCUCUCCAGCAGUUGCUCAGGGGAUAGUUAGUCUUAUAGGCACUCCACCAAUUGUGGUUGGAAAGGUGAUCGUGACUACAGCCUCUGCAUCCUCUCCUCCUGUGGAUGCAGAUGGGUUUCAGUUAGUUGGCAAAAAAGGCAAAGCAGUUCAGGACAAUCAAUCGGCAUAAGGUAGUGGAGUACGAAUUCCAGAAUCAGCCGUCCAAGCUCGAGUGCCACUGAAUUUAAAGGGGUAUAAUCUUGUUGGUCCUGCCUCUCCAAAGAAAAGGGGGGGGGGGCGCAAGAAAAUGGAGUAAUGAAG